AUGUCGGCCGAGAAGGCUGCCAACCCCAAAAAGAAAACCCAACAGCAUGUGCUGCUGAAGAGCCGCACGGUUGGAUAUUUCUGUGGGAAAUGCAAGCUGUAUGGCCAAGACCCUUCAGCUAUCCGCCCGUUGCCUUGUGUGGAGAUCGUUUUCAAUUCGGACGAUGAGGCCGAAUCCCCCAAGCCGAAGCACGCAGAUCUCAGAAAGAAAACUAAGCUUCUGAGGGAUCUGCAGGAGGAGACGCUCUAUCUCGAGCAAUUGCUCGAAAUGAAAAAGAAGGAAGUCAUGGAUGAGCGAAAAAGGGAGCUCGCACGUGUCAAGGCAGCCGCGAUACAGGCUAUUGAAAGCCAGGAGGACGGGAAGCCCUCAAAGCCUUCAAAGCCCGGUUGCAUGGACAAUGUCGAGACCCAGCUCGUGGCAUCGCCAUGCCUGUCCCCUCCCAAGCCGCGAAAGCUGGUCCUGCCAAGCCCGACCCCUGCAGAGUCCGAGUCUAUCACGCCGACUGAGCGCGAGUCCCCGAUGUCGGACGGCACACGUCUCCAGCUUGAAGAAGCUGGCAGGAAGAGGCCACUGCCUGAUUCGACCGACGGUGCCUCGAAGAAGCCGUGUUUGUUGAAAUCCAACGAGCUGGCGGUGGCAAACCUUGCCACGCCGCCACCACCUGGUGUUGGCGGUGGUGCUUCGAGUGAUCUUGGGGCCGAAGAGCCAGGGCUCCCAGCGGGAAGGCUGGAGAAAGCCUCAAGCCAUGAUGACGCUGUGGCGUACAUGUCGCCCAAAGAGCAAACGGCUGCCAUCAAUGCCGCCAAGAAGGCCAAGACGUCUGGCCAUGACGACGAAGACGAGGAUCCACAUGGUGACGACGAAGAGGCAGAGGACGAUGAUGGUGAGGAGCAGUCUGGUGGUGGCAAGACAGGGAAGGCCAAGGGUGCCGAGGCCACUGGGGAUCCGGAGCCGGUUGAUGGCAAGGACGAAACGGCGGCAAAGCCGUUGAAGUUGCCAAAAUCCAGGAAGACGGCUGAGGUUGAAGCCCAGGAGCUUCCUCAGUCGGGCAAGACCGGCAAGGGGGCACGCAGGGUGCCAAAGCGCGGAGCUGAUGAGGCUGCUGGACCGGAAGCGGAUGAUGCAGCAAAGCCCCGUGGCCGUGGCAAGAGGGUCGCGUGGAACAAGGAGAUUGCCCAGGCCAGCUCUGCAGAAGAGAAGGCUGAGAUCGAGAAGCGAUUCGCGAAGAGCCGCAAGUCCACGGCCUACCACACGACCCUGGCAAAAUGGUUGAAGGCCGGCAUGACGAAGGACAAGGCCAUCGAAAAGGCCAAGCAGGCCUACAAGGACACCGA